CAACACACCAUGGCGGCCCCCGACACGACACCGACAUUGACCAGCUCGAGCGGGGGCCCGUCAAGCGAAUCAGCCUCUCCGUCGGCGCUUUCUAGCUCCGAGUCCGGGGCCAGGCCAGAGUCCCAUGUCCCCGAUCCCAAGUCCAGAGCUGCAGCCGAAGCGGGGCCAAGCCAAGGCUUGAGCUCGCCUCCCCACUCCUCCUCCCGCUCGCGCUCCCCAUCUCCCCUCCCCGCCCCGCCCGUCAUCUCUCCUCCGGAUGAUGCGCAGACCGCCGCAAUACAUGCCAGUCUUUCCAAGAGACGCCGGCACCGCCCCGCCCUCUUCCGAUCACACUCGAGCGACUCCUACAACCCUGAAGAGGUUGCCGCCAAGAUCGCACGCGACGCCGAAGCGUGCGAAAGAGCUUCUAGACACAUCGAGCUCGAGGUCGGCGGCCGCGUGCUGCACAGCGAAGCUGAGCUGCCUCCGCUCCCAAAAGUGACCAAGGCCCACUAUGCAUGGGAGAUCAUGUACGAGAACCAGCGCGGCAUCAGCAUCUUCGGCAAGACAUGGUACUCUUCCAACUCGCUCCUCCCUGCCGACCCAACACCAUUCACGCUCCCUCUCACCUCGCCCGAGGGUGACUUUGUGCUGGCGCGCCCCGCUGCCUCCGACACGCCCGUCAUCACGGGGGCAGCAAGGGCCGGAGGCGCCCAGAGAGACGACGGCGAUGACAGUGCCGAGCCGCAUCAGGUCAAGAAUGGCCGCAGCAUCAAGCGCAAAAGCAUCAAGUCGGGAUACACGCUCGCGACAUACCAGACCCCCUCGCCGGCGUGGGCGUGGCUUACGCCAUGGAUGGCGAACAUGCGCCUCGACACGGACCAGCAGGGGUGGCGGUACAACCUGUGGUUCCACACGACGCAAUGGGCGCCGCACCCCGGCCGCUUGAACUGGUGGGGCUGGGUGCGGCGGCGCGAGUGGGUGCGCCUGCGUGCGUUGCUGCCGCCUGAGCCUGAGCCGAAGGAAGUCGAGGAGGAAGUGGACGAGCCGGGGUCGCUCGACGAUGUCCUCGCGACGGAGCGGCCCGUCGCCAACAUGAUCCGAUACCUCGCGGCGUACGCGCUCGACCGCGAGAAACUCGCGCUGUGGGAGCGGUGGGUGGGUGAGAGCAGCGCGGACGCGAGACACCGUCUCGCGGAUAUCGUUGAGGAUAAGGAAAAGCUCGUCUUCAUGGCGCGCGCGUUCAUCUACCCUACGGCACGCAAGGCGUUCUACGCGAGCCUCGUGGCCCACGGCAUCGUCGAGAAAGAAGAGUGCAUGGAGUGUGUCGAGGACGAGGGAUACACCAUCGAGUAGGGCGCAUGUAUAGACACCCUAAUAGAUCUUGAUAAUGCAUGGUUGUUUACUUGU